CUUAUUUUGUGAAUCAAAAUUUUUUCUUUAGAUCCACGGUAGAAGGCAGCAAUCUGAUAUGGGGACCGAAAAUGGCCAAGACGAAGCAAGCACAUCAAAGAAUGAAGCAGGAACGAGCACCAACGGAGAAAAUAGGAGUCAAACCGAAAAGGCCGAGACAGUUCCGUUUCAAAAGUUGUUCACAUUUGCCGACUCUACAGAUAUGUUGUUGAUGGUUGCUGGCACCAUUGGGGCCAUUGGAAAUGGUGCGGCUUUGCCUCUCAUGACGUUGCUGUUCGGCGAGAUGAUUGACUCCUUCGGAAAUAACCAGGACAGCGCUGACAUGGUCGAUAGAAUUUCCAAGGUUUCUCUGAAGUUUGUGUACUUGGCUGUGGGAAGUGGAGUGGCAGCUUUUCUCCAGGUGGCUUGCUGGAUGGUCACAGGGGAGAGGCAGGCCGCGAGAAUAAGGGGUUUGUAUUUGAAAACAAUUUUAAGACAAGAUGUGGCUUUCUUUGAUAUGGAAACAAACACCGGAGAGGUGAUCGGUAGAAUGUCAGGCGACACUGUUCUUAUACAAGACGCCAUGGGUGAAAAGGUUGGAAAAUUUCUGCAGCUAAUGUCAACAUUCAUUAGCGGUUUUGUAGUAGCAUUUGUGAAAGGGUGGCUUCUCAGUCUUGUCAUGUUAUCCACUCUUCCACCUCUUGUCGUGUCUGGUGCGGCUAUGGCCUUGAUUAUAGGGAGGAUGGCAUCGCAGGGCCAAACCGCGUAUGGAAAAGCUGCAAACGUCGUUGAACAGACAAUUGGCGCAAUUAGAACGGUGGCAUCCUUCACGGGAGAGAAACAUGCAGUAUCUGGUUACAGCAGGUUUCUUGUGGAUGCAUACAGAGCAGGAGUUCAGGAAGGUUUGGUCGCAGGAGCGGGGAUUGGGGCAGUUAUGUUCGUGAUUUUCUGUGGCUAUGCUUUGGCCAUAUGGUAUGGUGCAAAGUUGAUAGUGGAUAAAGGAUACAACGGGGGUACAGUGAUUACUGUGAUCUUUGCCGUCUUAACUGCUUCCAUGAAUCUUGGUCAAGCAGCCCCAUGUCUGAGUGCUUUUGCGGCAGGCCAAGCUGCAGCGUUUAAAAUGUUCAGGACCAUUGAGAGAAAACCGGAGAUAGAUUCUUAUGAUGAAAAAGGGAAAAUAUUAGAAGAUAUUCAAGGGGAAAUAGAGUUGAAGGAAGUUUAUUUCAGCUACCCAGCUAGACCUGGGGAGCUGAUUUUUGAUGGCUUCUCUCUUAAAAUACAAAGUGGAACUACUGCAGCUUUGGUUGGACAAAGCGGAAGUGGAAAGUCCACUGUCAUCAGUUUAAUAGAAAGAUUUUAUGAUCCGCGGGACGGUGAAGUUCUCAUAGAUGGCAUUAACUUGAAAGAAUUCCAACUCAGAUGGAUUAGAGGGAAAAUUGGACUUGUCAGUCAAGAGCCUGUCCUUUUUGCAUCUAGCAUAAAGGAUAACAUCGCUUAUGGAAAGGAGGGAGCAACAACUGAAGAGAUAAAAGCUGCAGCUGAACUUGCAAAUGCAGCUAAAUUCAUUGAUAAAUUACCACAAGGAUUGGACACUAUGGUCGGUGAUCAUGGAACUCAGUUGUCCGGGGGACAGAAGCAGCGCAUUGCCAUUGCAAGAGCAAUCCUCAAAAAUCCAAAAAUCCUACUUCUAGAUGAAGCUACGAGUGCACUUGAUGCAGAGUCUGAAAGGAUUGUGCAAGAGGCCCUUGACAGGAUCAUGGUAAACAGAACUACCGUUGUUGUGGCACACCGCUUAAGCACAGUGAAAAAUGCCGACAUGAUUGCUGUGAUUCACAGAGGGAAGAUGGUCGAGAAAGGAACACACACAGAAUUGCUCAAGGAUCCUGAAGGAGCAUACUCUCAACUUAUACGCCUACAAGAAGUAAAUAAGGAGUCAGGAGAUGGUGUAGAUCAUGAAAACAGGCAUGAACUUUCCUCAGAGUCCUUAAGGCAUUCUAGUCAGAUAAGGUCAUUAGGAAGAUCCAUAAGUCGAGGAUCAUCAGCUGGAAAUAGCAGCCGCCACUCAUUUUCAGUUGCCUUUGGCUUGCCUACUGCGGUCAACGCCACUGAUCCUGAAGCCGAACUUGAAAAUCCAGAAACCAAAGAACAAUCACCAAAGGUUCCACUCCGCCGCCUUGCUUACCUCAACAAGCCAGAGAUACCAGUGCUUCUGCUUGGAUCUUUAGCUGCCAUUGUGAAUGGCGCCGUACUUCCUAUAUUUGGCAUUUUGAUUUCCAGUGCAAUCAAAUCGUUCUACGAGCCAGCUGAUGAAAUGAAAAAGGAUUCCAGAUUCUGGGCAUUAAUGUUUGUGGUACUUGGUAUUGCAUCUUUGUUGGCACUUCCUGCUCGAGGAUACCUCUUUGGCGUUGCGGGAUGCAAGUUAAUCCAACGCAUCAGGCAGAUGUGCUUUGAGAAGGUAGUAAACAUGGAGAUAGGCUGGUUUGAUGAUCCUGAGCAUUCAAGUGGUGUAAUUGGAGCAAGGCUCUCAGGAGACGCAGCAACUGUGCGAGCACUUGUCGGGGAUGCUCUGGGACAACUGGUUGAGAAUCUCGCAUCAAUACUGGCGGGUUUGAUAAUUGCUUUCAUUGCAAGCUGGCAGUUAGCUUUUAUUAUUCUUGUACUGCUUCCCUUGAUUGGAGUAAACGGAUAUGUUCAAGUGAAAUUCAUGAAAGGGUUCAGUGCAGAUGCAAAGAUGAUGUACGAGGAAGCAAGUCAAGUUGCUACCGAUGCUGUUGGAAGUAUAAGAACAGUAGCUUCUUUUUGUGCUGAAGAAAAGGUGAUGGAACUAUACAGAAAGAAAUGUGAAGGGCCUAUGAAAUCAGGGAUCCAUCAGGGCUUGAUCAGCGGAACAGGAUUUGGGGUAUCGUUUUUCCUUCUCUUCGCCGUCUAUGCAACCAGCUUUUAUGCGGGAGCUAAACUCGUGGAGGACGGCAAAGCGACAUUCUCAGAUGUUUUUCGGGUUUUCUUCGCCUUAACUAUGGCAGCUAUAGCAGUUUCCCAAUCAAGCUCUUUUGCGCCUGAUUCUGGCAAAGCCAAGUCAGCUGCCGCUUCUAUAUUUGGAAUGAUGGACAGGAAAUCGAUGAUAGAUCCGAGCGACGAGUCAGGAGCCACAUUGGAUAGCGUCAAGGGAGAAAUCGAGCUUCGUCAUAUUAGCUUCAAGUAUCCAUCGAGGCCAGAUAUACAGAUUUUCCGAGACCUUAACUUGGCCAUACACUCUGGAAAGACCGUAGCGCUUGUAGGUGAAAGUGGAAGUGGAAAAUCGACGGUGAUUUCAUUAUUACAAAGAUUUUACGAUCCUGAUUCAGGCUCAAUUACACUCGACGGAGUAGAGAUUCAAAAGUUGCAACUCAAAUGGUUAAGGCAACAAAUGGGUCUUGUGAGUCAAGAGCCAAUAUUGUUCAAUGACACCAUCCGUGCCAAUAUUGCCUACGGAAAGGGAGGCAAUGCAACUGAAGGAGAAAUCAUAGCUGCCGCCGAACUAGCCAAUGCUCAUAAGUUCAUUAGCGGCCUACAACAAGGAUAUGAUACAGUAGUGGGAGAAAGGGGAAUUCAAUUAUCAGGUGGGCAAAAGCAAAGGGUAGCAAUCGCACGUGCUAUAAUUAAAAGUCCCAAGAUUUUGUUAUUAGAUGAAGCAACAAGUGCAUUGGACGCAGAGUCAGAGAGGGUAGUUCAAGACGCAUUGGAUAGAGUAAUGGUGAAUAGAACCACCGUGGUUGUGGCCCAUCGUUUAUCGACAAUAAAAAAUGCAGACGUUAUUGCAGUGGUUAAAAAUGGAGUCAUAGUUGAGAAAGGGAGGCAUGAGACCCUGAUUAACAUCAAGGACGGAUUUUAUGCUUCUUUAGUGCAGCUUCAUGCGAGCGCUUCCACAUCAUGAGUUUCUUUUGCCCGUUACUUCUUCUUCUUCUUUUCUUUUUUCCCCGAUCCAGUUCACUCUGGACUUUUUUAACCCCUCAAUUUACUAAAUAUUAUCGAAGGCCAAUUUCGUAGCUAUUGGAUUCGAUGCUUUUUAUUUCUCUUGAAAUGUAUUAUUCAGUCCCAAUGGAGGACUAAGCGUGUAGUUCCUCCAAUUGUUUUUUGUAAGAGUCCUUGUUAAAUAUUUACUUGAUUUUUAUUAUAAAGUGUUCUAAGAAUCUUUUUUUU